AUGGCGCCCGUGGACACCCACUCCUUCACCGACUCCGGCCACCCCGUCACCACCCACGUCCACCUCUCCCUCUACUUCGACUUCCCUUCCUCCACCAUCCACUCCUCCGCCCUCCUCUCCCUCUCCUCCCCGCACUCCGGCCCCUUCUCCCUCGACACCCGCUCCCUCUCCCUCCUCUCCGUCCUCGACCCCCAGACCCGCAGCCCGCUCCCCUUCUCCCUCUCCGACCCCGACCCCAUCAAAGGCCAGAACCUGGUCGUCUCCCUGUCCGGCCACUCCUCCGUCCUCGUCGUGUACUCCACCACCCCGGCCUCCUCCGCCCUGCAGUGGCUGAACCCGCCCCAGACGUUCAACAAGGCCUUCCCUUUCGUGUUCACCCAGUGCCAGUCCAUCCACGCCCGCGCCGUCUUCCCCUGCCAGGACACCCCCGCGGCGCGGAUCCGCUACUCCGCCCGGAUCAACGUCCCGCGCCAGCUCUCCGCGGUGAUGUCCGCCCGCCACGCGGACCGCCGGCCCCCCGUGGCCGGGGAGGGGGCGGGGCUGCCCUGCGGGGACGCGCUGUGGUGCGCGGAGGGGAGGGUGGUGGAGGAGUUCGUGAUGGAGCAGCCGAUCCCGCCGUACCUGUUCGCGUUGGCGGUCGGGGAAUUGGGGUUCAGGGAUGUCGGGCCCAGGACUAGGGUGUACUCGGAGGCGGCGCCCGCGGUGUUGGACGCGGCGGCGGCGGAGUUCGCUGGGACGGAGGACAUGAUAAGGCAAGGGGAGAGGUUUGAUUAUGAGUGGGAUAGAGUCGCAACCAAGUUUCGACCUCGCUGGCAUCGCUGCCUAGCCACGGGCAAAGCAAGCUCUAGUGUCGCCUAUGGCCGAAGGGGCCAGGCCUAG